AUGAUGGAGCAAGCGGAGGGCGAUGCCCCCGCCCCCGCCCCCGCGCCGGCGCCGGCGCCGGCCCCGGUGCCACCGCGGGAGGCGAUCUCGUUGGAGAAGGCGUUCGAAGGCAAGACCCUGCCGACGUGGAACGAGCAGAUCACGGUCCGCGCCGUGGUGGUGAGCGCGGGGCUGGGCACCUUCCUCAGCUUCAUCGUGAUGAAGCUCAACAUCACCUCCGGCAUCGUGCCGUCCCUCAACGUCUCCGCGGGGCUGCUCGCCUUCUUCAUGAUGAAGACGUGGACGUCGGCGCUGGAGCGCUGCGGCGUCUUCCCGCGGCCCUUCACCCGGCAGGAGAACACGGUGGUGCAGACCUGCGUCAUCUCCUGCUCCAGCAUCGCCUUCUCCGGCGGCUUCGGCACCUACAUCCUCGGCAUGAGCCGCAAGAUCGCCAAGGGCUUCGACGAGGCCAACAACACCAUGAACGUCGAGGAGCCGUCGCUGUGGCGCGUCAUGGCUUACCUCUUCCUCGUCAGCUUCGUGGGGCUCUUCUCCAUCGUGCCCCUGAGGAAGAUCAUGAUCAUUAGCUACCGCCUCACCUACCCCUCCGGCUCCGCCACCGCCCACCUCAUCAACAGCUUCCACACGCCCCAAGGCGCCAUCCAGGCCAAGCAGCAGGUGUCGAUCCUGUUCAAGUCGUUUCUAGGGAGCUUCCUGUGGUCCAUGUUCCAGUGGUUCUACACGGCGGGGGACUCGUGCGGGUUCGGCUCCUUCCCGACGUUCGGGAUGGAGGCCUACAACCGGCGCUUCUACUUCGACUUCUCGGCGACGUACGUCGGGGUGGGGAUGAUCUGCCCCUACAUCAUCAACUUCUCGCUGCUCAUCGGGAGCAUCAUCUCCUGGGGGAUCAUGUGGCCCUUCAUCGAGAGCAAGAGGGGGGACUGGUACGACGCCAACCUCCCCAACAGCAGCCUCCACGGCCUCAACGGCUACCAGGUCUUCAUCUCCAUCGCCAUGAUCAUGGGCGACGGCCUCUUCAACUUCUUCUCCAUCCUCUUCCGCACCUCCUACGACAUGUACCUCAAGCGCACCGGCCGCGCCAAGGCCAACACCGCGGGGGUCCCCUUCGCCGGCGCCGGCCUCGCGGGCGCCAACGAGAGGCAGGCGCUCAGCUUCGACGACCGCCGCCGCACGCAGAUCUUCCUCAAGGACCAGAUCCCCACCGUCGUCGCCGUGGGCGCCUACGUCGCCCUCGCCGGCAUCUCCGUCCUCGCCAUCCCGCACAUCUUCCGCCAGCUCAAGCCCAAGCACGUCGUCUGGGCCUACGUCGUCGCCCCCAUCUUCGCCUUCUGCAACGCCUACGGCACCGGCCUCACCGACUGGUCCCUCUCCAGCAGCUACGGCAAGCUCGCCAUCUUCAUCUUCGGCGCCAACAUCGGCGCCAAGGACGGCGGGGUCAUCGCCGGCCUCGCCGCCUGCGGCCUCAUGAUGGGGAUCGUCUCCACCGCCUCCGACCUCAUCCAGGACUUCAAGACGGGGUACCUCACCCUCACCUCCCCGCGCGCCAUGUUCGUCAGCCAGGUCAUCGGCACGGGGAUCGGCUGCAUCAUCUCCCCCACUGUCUUCUGGAUCUUCUACCAGGCCUACGACAUCGGCAACGACGAGGGCUACCCGGCGCCCUACGCCAAGAUCUACCGCGGCAUCGCGCUCCUCGGCACCAACGGCUGGGACCAGCUGCCCAAGUACUGCCUCAGGUUCUGCGCCGCCUUCUUCAUCCUCGCCAUCGCCAUCUGCGCGCUCAAGGAGGUGGCCAACAACAAAACGUGGUGGAUCAGGGACUACAUACCCAGCGCGCUCGGCAUGGCCGUGCCCUUCUUCCUCGGCUCCUUCUUCACCAUCGACAUGUGCGUGGGGAGCUUGAUACUCUACAUGUGGUCCAGGUCCGACAGGCUGCACGCGCAGAUGUUCGCGCCGGCGGUGGCAUCGGGGCUAAUCUGCGGCGACGGGAUUUGGUCGCUGCCGUCGUCGUUGCUGUCGCUAGGCAACGUGGAACCUCCCAUGUGCCUGAGGGUCUUCGACGCCGACACCAACUACGAGGUGGAGCAGUUCCUUUCGACCUUACCCAUCCCGGCGUAG